AUGUCUCUUGAAGAAGAGGAACCCUUGGACCUUGGCAAUGACCCUAGCUACAGAGUCUUGGAUGAAAACGCAACAAGUCUGAUGGGGCGACUGUUGAAUCCUGAGUGUCAAUCAAUGUCACGUAUGAUUGAUUACAUGCCCACAGCAUGGAGGGUGACUGGUAGAGUUAGAGGUAUUGCGUUAUCAAGAGAUCGGUUUCAGUUUAUAUUUCAGAGGGAAGAGGAUCUACUUACGGUGCUAAACGACAGACCGUGGUCUUACAACCAUUGGGCCAUGGCGCUGGAGCGGUGGACUGCUUCUCCUCCCGAAGAUUUUCUGCAUUAUAUGAUGCUUUGGAUCCGUAUGCGGAACAUUCCGGCGGAAUUUUUCACAACAAAAACAAUGCUGAAGUUAGCUUCGGAAAUAGGAGAGGUUGAAGAGCUAGCGUAUGAUCCGAAAGUUUCUCAUACAAAGGAAUACAUCAGGGCUCUGAUAACAUUCAAAACAGAUAACCCUUUGAAAGCCUCAAGGAAGUUAACUAUUCCGGGAGAAGUGAUCACCAUUGAGUUUGAAUAUGAGAAAAUUCAUAAGAGGUGUUUCCACUGUCUUCGUAUGACCCAUGAGAAGAUCAGAUGCCCUCUGCUUAGACGUGGGAGUAACAGAGAUAGUUCACAUAGUCUGGCUCGUGUAUUGGAAACAAACUCAAGAGGCUCAGCUCUUGUGGCUGAAUCUACUCGGAACCAUCAAGCAUCUAAACCACCAAACAUGAGAGCUGAACCUUUGGAAAGUCCCCCAGGUUUUCCUCUGUUGUUUCUGGAGUUGUCAAAUCAGGACCGGAAAAUGGCUAUGCUGUAUAUCUCGCAUUCAGAUGACACGGAAAGGCUCGCGAGAAUUGAAAGAGUUAAGCAAGGAAUAGCUGAAACACUGGAGAAUCCCUCAGUUAGGCUCCCAAAAAUUACUCAGAAUUUGGAUAAAGGGAAAGGCCAUGUCUUCGACUUCUCGGAACCGUCUGGAAAACGUCUCCAGUUAUCUGGUAGAGACCAUGUGGAACUGCCGCUGAACAUGGAGAGGCCCCUCCUCGGAGGGGCGAGUCCACGGAAACCAGAGUACGGUAAAAUCUCAGAGGAGACGCCCACCCUCAUGGAAGAGAAAGACUCAGGCCAAACAAGACAAAGGAGCAUCUGCUCUCUCAGCAAACCCAACAGCAGUGUAUUCACAAGUGAUGAAGAGGAAAUCGGUUUGUCCUCUACUAUCGUCCGAAAACAAAACCCCAAAAACCUCAGAACCUACGGUGGCUUCCGUAUUGAAGCCGCUGCUUCCCCAAUGAGCAUAUUGAGCUGGAACUGUCAAGGAGCAGGAAGCACCGAGACAGUUCAACAAAUUCGAGAAUACCGUCGAAAGUACUUUCCGGAUUUUCUUUUUCUGAUGGAAACUAAGCAACGUUUUGAAUAUGUGAAUGGUUUGAAGAAAAGUUUGGGCUACGACCUAGUUACGGUGGAACCAGAGGGUUUGAGCGGUGGUUUGGCAGUGAUGUGGAAGGAUAGCUACCAAGUUGACGUAAUUUCUAAGGAUAAAAGGAUCAUUGACCUAAAAGUCUCGAUAGGGUCCACGUUCUUCUUCCUUAGUUGUGUAUAUGGUGAUCCUGUUAGAGCAAGAAGAAGGGAGGUGUGGGAUCGUCUCUCGACUCUGGGGUUGAGACGCGAUGAAGCAUGGCUACUAGCCGGGGAUUUCAAUGAACUAGUCUCUAACGACGAGAAGAGUGGAGGUGCGGUUAGGGAAGAGUCCAGUUUCUGGGAUUUUAAAAACAUGAUACAAAACUGUAAACUCAAAGAUGUGAGCUACACUGGAAUCAGUCUUUCCUGGGGAGGUUGGAGAGAGAAGGUAUGGGUCCAAUGUCGCCUUGACAGAAGCUUUGGGAACAGUGAAUGGUUCUCAUUAUUUCCACGUUCGAACAUGGAAUAUCUUGAGCUGUGGGCGUCGGAUCAUAGGCCAAUACGCAUCUGUUUUGCUUUGGAAAAAGAUGAGCCUAGUAAAGGUAGAUUCUUCUUUGACAAGAGAAUGCUAUCAAGAGAAGGUUUUGAGGAUCUAGUCCGACGAAGUUGGGAGGGUGAUGGAGACAAUCAGAGUAAUACUAUGGACCGCAUUGGUCGUUGCCGUCGAAAGAUCAUGGAGUGGAGAAAAAGAGCUAAUCUAAACUCAAAAGAGAAGAUCGUGCAACUAAGAGCCUCUCUAGAGAAGGAGGUUGUCAAGGUCUAUCCUUCUUACCGGUUGAUGCAAAGACUGAAGCAGGAACUGGCUGCUGCUCUUAGGGAGGAAGAAUUAUUUUGGAGGCAAAAAUGCCGUGAGGAAUGGUUGAAAGGUGGGGACAAGAACACGAGAUAUUUUCAUAAUUGUGUGAAAGGACGUCGUAUUCAGAACCGAGUUUUGAUGUUGCUGGACGAUACAGAUCAAGAGCACUUCUCUGAAGGCGCCAAGGGACACUUAGCCGUGGAAUACUUCAGAGAUUUGUUCUCUAGUUCUAAUCCCUUUGAUCUAGAAACUCUGUUUCAAGGGUUUGAGAGAAGAGUAACGACUGCUAUGAACUCUCGACUCACAGCUCCAAUUUUGGACGGAGAAAUCAGGGAUGCGGCUUUCUGCGUAAAAGGUAGCAGUGCUCCUGGUGAGGAUGGCUUGACUGGGAUAUUUUACCAAAAAUUCUGGCAUAUUAUUGGCCCUAGUAUCUCGGAGGACAUCAGGAACUUUUUCCAGACUGCUAUUAUACCGGAAGGUUGGAAUCAUACUCAACUCAGCUUACUUCCCAAGUACAAGAUCAUCUCCAAAAUCCUAUGCAACAGACUCAAACUCAUUCUUCCUGAGAUCAUCUCGGAGACUCAAGGGGCGUUUGUUUCUGGCAGGCUCAUCUCCGAUAACAUCAUCAUCGCCCAUGAGAUGAUUCAUGGCCUACGUACUAACGAAGCAAUCGCUUCUGAUUGGAUGGCGAUUAAAACAGACAUGUCAAAGGCAUAUGACAGAGUGGAAUGGAACUUUCUAGAGGUGUUGAUGGAAAAGAUGGGUUUCGAUCGAAGCUGGAUCAGAUGGAUCAUGGCGUGUGUCAACUCAGUAACAUUCUCGGUUCUUCUAAAUGGCAAUUCUCAUGGCUUCAUCAGACCUGAGCGAGGUAUUAGGCAAGGGGAUCCAUUGUCUCCAUUCCUAUUUAUACUAUGUGCGGAAGCACUAGUGAGCAAACUCAAUCAAUCGGAAGCGGCUGGCUUUUUACAUGGAAUCAAAUUGGCUACUUCAUGUCCAUCAGUGCAUCACUUGUUAUUUGCCGAUGACAGUUUACUGUUAUGUAAGGCUUCAGAAACAGAAGCUAAGGAGAUCAUGCAGUGCAUUCAGGCGUAUGGUGAAGCAUCGAGACAAUUGGUGAAUUUUCAAAAAUCUUCGAUCAUUUUUGGUGCGAAGGUUACAGAGGAAGCAAAGUUGAGGGUUCGCGAGAUCACAGGCAUUCUUUCGGAAGGGGGUGAAGGGUCUUAUCUCGGGCUUCCAGAGUGCUUUAGUGGUUCCAAAAAGAAGCUAUUGAGCUUCAUCAAAGAAAAGCUUCAAGGACGACUUAAAGGUUGGUUCUCUAAAGCGCUUUCCCAAGGUGGUAAGGAGAUUCUCCUUAAGUCAGUGGGGCUCGCCUUACCCAUCUUUGCAAUGUCUUGUUUUAAACUCCCCAAAGAUGUAUGUGCAAAGCUUACAAGUGCGAUGAUAGAGUUCUGGUGGAGCAGUGGAAAUAACCGGAAGAAAAUCUCAUGGGUGGCGUGGCAAAAACUAUGUAAAGAUAAAGAAGCGGGAGGUUUGGGAUUUAAAGAGCUGGAAAAAUUUAAUCAAUCCUUGUUGGCCAAGCAAGCGUGGAGAAUAUGGGACAAGCCGGAAUCUCUGGUUGCUCGUAUUCUCAGACACCGUUAUUUCCGUAAUUCUGAUUUCCUCGAUAGUGGGUUGGGUUCACGGCCGUCGUACGCCUGGAGAAGCAUAUUGCACGGUAGGGACCUUCUAAAAAGGGGUCUAGUCCGGGUAGUGGGUGACGGUAAUGACACCAUGGUGUGGACAGAUAACUGGCUGAUCGCUCCUCUCCCAAGAUCUCCACGUUAUCGCCAAGAUGCAGUGGUAGACUUGACGCUUCGAGUUGGUGACUUAUUGUCGGAUGAUUCCAAUGUGUGGGACAUAAGGAAACUCCGAGAGGUGAUCGAUGAUGAGGACAUCCCACUCAUUCUGCAAAUCAAAACGCAAAGAGGAAAGAAUGACAUGCUGAGGUCGGGUUUCUCAAGAAAUGGUGUAUAUGAUUCCAAGAGUGGCUAUAAGCUACUAGAGAGCAUUACUGAACUUGAGUCUGCACAACCGAGGCCUUUGCCUCCUCUGGAGAAACAACUUUGGCGAGACUUGUGGAAAUCAAAAACAUCCCCUAAGCUAAGACAUUUUCUCUGGCGUGUCAUGUCAGGAGCUCUGGCAGUAAAACAACAAUUAAGCGCACGAGGUAUUCCAGUAAAUCCUUGCUGUCCUUUAUGCCGACAGGGCCCUGAAUCGAUUUGUCAUAUGCUCUUCCACUGCCCCUCAGCGAAAGAAGUAUGGGAACGAUCGUCGAUUCCAUUACCCCCAGCUGGUUUCUCCCCCACCUCAGUGUUCCUAAACCUUCACUAUCUUCUCGCUUGUAGUAAAAAAAGCUCAGUAGAUCCAAAGCUGCGUCUUGCCUUUCCUUGGAUCCUUUGGCAUAUCUGGAAGAACCGCAACCUGUUCUGUUUCGAGCAGCGGAGCAAUAGUGCAGAAAUUAUUCUUAGCAGGGCUUUGGAGGAGGCCUCGGUCUGGCUCCAGCUUAAUGCAUAUGUUCCGGCGGACCCUCCUGCAAUGGAGCUUGAGGUAGAAGACUCAAAUUCAUGGAAAAAACCACCGUCCACCACUGUCAAAUGCAAUGUGGGUUCUGCUUGGUCAGCAAGUAACAGCACAAGUGGGGCAGCAUGGAUAUUAAGGAAUUCAGAAGGGGAAGCGAUUUUACAUAGUAGACGUUCCUUUGUGGGUGUUCGUUCCCAACUGGAAGCAGACCUGAUCGCUCAUGUAUGGACUUCAGAGGCACUUAGUGACUUGAAGUUAAAUAGAGUGAUUCUGGAGACAUCUUCCUCUCAACUUCCACAGUUUCUGGCCUUACACGCGGUACCUCGGACUUUACAUAUCUUAUGGAAGAGGCUUCGGAAAGCAUUGGAUCAUAUCAAGUGUCGCCAUUUCCUAGUACGAAAGGAAUGUAAUAGAGUGGCCACGACUAUCGCAACAAGUGCCCUACAAAGUCAGUGGCACCAAUCCUACAUAUCGGCGAAGGGGCCAAGAUGGUUGAAUGCUUGUAUCAGAAGGGAAGCAUCUCACGCUACCUAG